CACCUGUGUGAGUGAACCAGCCAUUUUGAAUAAACCAGGAAGGAGCUUGUUUUUCAGCAAGAGGAGAUGAUUCCCAGAUUAAGCAUCAAUAUUUCCUCUGACAACGAGUUCUCUGCCUGCGACAGAAGAUGUGGAGUGACUUGCAGUGCACAGGUCAUCUCAUCACUGAGGAGCCAUAGGGAGAGAAGCUGAGAUGGGAGCAGCGACGGCCACCAUGACCUCAGGGGGGACACAGUGCAGCAACAGGCUGACAGUGACGGGAGAGAGAGAGAGAGCGACUCAUGUUGUUGUGAUGGUGCUCAGAGUUCAGUGCUUUUCAAGAUGGAUGGCAGUCGCCUAGGCCUUAAAGGAUGACGGAAGCGGUCGGCUUGUAACUGGGGAGGCCAGGAAAAUAUGUUUGGGGGACGUGAGUGAGCAACAAAACAGGACAAGUGGAAAAACAGCAUGCAGGCUCAGUCGACUUCACAUGGUGGAAUCACAUUCCGGAGAUUUUUACCGACAGGAGGGAUGGAGACGGUCUGGAGACGAGGCGCGCCGGUGGGUUGUCGCCUCUGGAAGACGAUGUUUCUUCUUUUCCUGUGGAAAGUGUCUGACAGCCAAGCAGGUGCAGCAGGAGUUGGACCAGGAGGAGGGCCAGAGUCCUCCCAGCCCCGUUUCUCCUCCUCCCUCCCCACCUAUCUCCCUGUCCAGUGCCAGCUAAGUGGUGCUGACUCUGCUUUCUUCCUGCGGGAAGUCAAUCAGGAGGUAAUGCGAAACGGCAGCCUAUCAUCCCGAACUGAGCCCUUCUUCAUCCACCAGCUGGAAACUGGCAUCGCCGCCCCACAAUCCCUGCCGAGCGUCAAUUGCAGCUACGGAAAUCUGAGCAUUGAGCAGCCAGUCCCAGUGGAGCUGCUUCAGGGUCCACCACCACAUCUACUGCUGACCACCAAUCAGGUGACUCUGAACUGGAAUGUCAAGGGUCAAGUGGUGGUGCCCAAAGUGGGUUCAACACGGCCCUGGAUUCAGGUACUGUUUUACCUGGUAGGACGCCGUUGGGACGAGCCUGACCCACCUCCACCAGCCCUCCUCCCAUGUGUCAGAGCCUUGGCCGUCCGUGACACCAGUGAAGCAGCACCCUCAGCGGGCUGCCGUCUCAUGGGGCCAUCUGGGAUCUGUGUUGUCCGUCUGGAGAUUCCCCCAGCUUGGUUUACACCACCACAAGUGAGAAAAAGACCUCCUGAAGUGACUCUACCAUUAGUGGAUGUGUAUUACUCAAUUAUACCAAUGGAAGGAGCUGGUCAAGAGUGUCCCUCCAUUGUAAAUGAGCCAUGGAGAGGUCAGAGUGCAAAUGCAGGGCCUCUUGGAGGCCUCGGCAUGGGUCUUGGGGGACAGUGGAGUCCCCUGCUGGAUGGAGGUCUUCAGGACAUGCUGAAAGCUGGUUCUGUGGUAAUGACCAUGGGCCCUGUUUCUGCCAAAGGUGAAAGACUGAGACUGGAUGAAAAUGUGGAGGUUCUGGUACCACCCAGCCCGGUUCGACUCGGCAAAACUGUGGCUUUUGGCAUCUACAUGAAGACAGAUUCAAAUACAGAGCAGUUCACACUGAGGGUGUGGUUCCAGUCAGGCAUCAACUUCCUGGCUGUGAAACCCAGCAACCUCGUCGCAUGGGAGAUCAAACAGGAAAUGGCACCGGGGAGCAGUUCAUUGGCGGUGAUGUGUCAGAGAAAGGCCUACUCCACAGCAGAGAGAUUGGAAAGUCCAUCAUAUGAGGUGAUGCAGCUGGAGUUUGAGGUGGAUAACGUGAUAAACUUAGUGCCGACCCAGACUCUGCACUGGAACGUCGAGUACCCAGCUGGUAUGCAGACAAGUUCCAGGCAAACAGAGAAAGUCUCGCACCUGUACAUCAGCAAUGUCGACAUACAGGGAAUCGUACCGCUGGCUGAGAACACAGAGGUGGUGAACACAGCCAUUCUUACUGGGCGACGUGUCGCAGUGCCCAUUAAACUGGUUACAGUGGAGACCGACGGGCAGGUGAGGGAGGUGGAUGACUCGGUCACCUGCAGCUCAACAGAUGUGGAUGUUGUUAAGGUUUCCCCAAAUUGUGACCAGGUUCUGGUGAACGGUAAAGAAAUGCGCGGUCUGCAGUCUUUGGCAGUCAACUUCACCUACCUGCACCUUUCUGCGCAACUGCAGCUCACCGUCUGGGUGCCCAAGUUGCCACUGCAGAUAGACGUAUCAGAUACUGAGCUGAGCCAAGUUAAAGGCUGGAGGGUGCCCAUCAUCACUAACAAGAGACCUACGAGAGACAGUGAAGAUGAUGAGGAUGAUGAGAGGAAGGGCAAAGGCUGCACCCUACAGUACCAGUAUGCCUUGGUGCGGGUGCUAACACAUUUUGUCGCAGAACCUUCUGACCCAGGAGGAGAGAUGGUCUACAUGUUAGGAGCAGACUGGCAAGCUGAUAUCACUCAUUUGGUCUUGGACCAGCUUAAGGUAGAAGAUCCUCGCAUUGCCAGACUGAUAGACGGACGAAUAUUAAUUGGGCGGGACCUGGGGAUCACCACUAUACAGGUUUUGUCCCCACUGUCUGACUCCAUCCUGGCAGAAAAGACUGUGACUGUGCUGGAUGACAAGGUCACCAUUACAGACCUGGGAGUCCAGCUGGUUGCAUCUAUGUCCCUUAGUAUGACAGCGAGUCCUGGAAAUUACCAGGCUAUACAGCUAACGACUACAGCCACAGACCUGCUGCACACGCCUAAACAGGAAGCUGUGAUUAGUGCAUGGAUCCAGUACAGUGAUGGUUCAGUCACACCUCUUGAUGUUUAUGAUCCAAAGGAUUUCCUUCUCUCGGCUGUGUCAUUGGACGAGAAUGUCAUCUCCAUAACCAAUCAGGAGCAACACUGGCCUAUUGUCGUGGCAGAGGGUGAUGGACAGGGCACACUGGUUCGUGUAGAGAUGGUCAUCUCUGAGACCUGUCAGAAAUCAAAACGGAAGAGUGUGUUGGCAUCUGGAGCCGGCAAUGUGAUCGUGAAGUUUGGAGCAAAGAAUGAGGAAAGAGGUGUGAUGGGAAAAGGUGGACAAGAUGACGGGGCAGUGAUGGACAACAGCACCAGUGAGCAACGAACAAAGGAUGGCGAGUGGAAGUCCAACAGCGCAGCAGUGGAUCGAGAGGAAGGAGCCAUGAGAAAGGUUAGCACAACGACCAAGAGCACAGUAACCCAUCGUGCGUCAGGUGGUAAAAUUGCCAGUGGAGGCAGUGGUCACGGCAGAGGUCCCAGUCAAACAGGGGACUACAGUAGCUACCCAAUACAAGUGGAGGUACCAGGCAGCGGGGAUAGUGAGCUCACCCAGACCACUAGGGGGCUGUCGGACCUGGAAAUUGGAAUGUAUGCUCUUUUGGGUGUAUUCUGUCUGGCAAUACUGGUCUUCCUCAUCAACUGUGUCAGCUUUGCUUUCAGAUACCGUCACAAGCAGGUCCCUGUCCUGGAAGCAGGAGGCAACAUGAACCACGCCCAUGACUGGGUAUGGCUUGGCAAUGAGGCCGACCUUUUAGCUGACAACUCUGACCAGUGCCAGGGCAUGUUGCCUGAUGAGUGCACCACCAUCAUUGACCGAAAUGACGGUGGAUAUGAAGAGAACAAGUACCUGCUGAAUGGGGCAGGUAACACCUUGGUGAUGGGAGUUAGCACAGGUGUGGGCACCAUCAGUGGGAGCAGCGGCACAGGUGGACACCGAGGCAUCACUCACAGCCAAACCUUGCCAAGAUAUGUUUCAGAACCGCAUCAGUGCCUUUCAACAAUCACUACAGGUGGCAAAAAUGCCACUGGUCAUGCGGAGCAUCUGAAUAAUUCCCCCAGAGCUACAGCUGCAGCUGCAGCCGCCAAACGCAAACGCGUCCAGUUCACAUCUUUUGCCACUGUUCUGCCCAAUGAUAAUUCGGGUGGGGAUGGCCCGUACACCAACUCUUCAGUGCUGGUGACCAAUGGAAGCGAGGAUGACAUCAAGUGGGUGUGCCAGGAUAUGGACCUGGGUCAGUCAGAAAUCAGAACCUACAUGGAAAGGCUACAAGACAAUCUGUGACUGAGAGAAAAAGAGACUGAGAAAUAGAGGGGCAGAGGAUGAGUGCAGGAAGGGGAGGAUGGACAAUGAGUACAAUUCACCUGUAAUGCCUUUGCAAUGGAUGAAGGGAGGGAAAAUGGUAGGAAUGUGACAAUAGAAAAGGGAGUAUGAAGUGUGGCAAAACUUUUUUAUUAUUAUUGAGCAGGCAGUGUAGGAGAUGCGUACAUUUAGUUCCCCUUAGGCUAAGAAAAGACUGCUAUCAUCUCCAGCUCACACUGGAAUCAAUGGUAGCAAACAAUGAAUAACAUUAUAAUUUUUUUAUUAUUAUUUAUUGUGAAAAUAUUAGUACAAAAAUCAAGUAUUUCACCAUUGGUUUGGGCUGUUUUCAGAAUUCCAGUUAACCAUUGUGUUAAACAAUAAAUUCAGGGUAUGUAAAAACACUAUUAAGCCACUAUACAUUUAAACAAGGUUGGCAACAAGUGUUUUUACUAACAUGUUAUAUUGCCAGCAUUGGCUGUGGCUGUUAAUUGAUUGUUGAUCGAUCCAGUUUUAAUACACAAACCUGUCAUUGACCUGGCAAGUCUGCUGAUUAUGAUUACUGACGAAUAGGUUCGCAUCAAAGGUACAGUCUGUUUUGUGACCCAUUUGCAUUGCUUAUAAGUUAAUCGUAACAUGUAAAAAGUAUAUAUAUUUCAACUGCUCAACUAUAAAGUCAUGUACCACUGGAAGCUGCCACUCAGCACUGAAUACAAGUGAUUUUGCUCUUUCCUUAGACAACACAAUGCGUCAAGAGUUGGUAAACGAUAUGACAUGCAAAAGACUGUUUCUCCCUUGGAUCCAAGACAGAGGCAUUUAAACUUGCACAAUUACAAACAGGAAAGGACAUUAGCCUUAUUUGAGGCUUACUUUCUGUUUCCAGAAACCUUCCAGCCUAUGAUGGCUUUCUCCCUGUAUUCUGAGUCAGUCCUGUCAUCCCCGUGGCCCCUCUCUUUGUCUGUGAUUGGACAGAAGUAGAGACUUUGUGAACUUAAGUACACAGUGAAAUACUGUGAAAUACCAUCUGUAAACUAAAGGGGGACUGACUGAGGUGUCUCAAAUAAAUAGAAGGCUGCCUGGGCUUUGGAAAGCCUAAGUGAACACUAAUAAGGAUUAUUUAAACCACAAGUCAACAAGACAGACUGGAGUACCUAAAGUCUCAUACCUGGAGCAAACAGGAUAUACUGAACAACACUGCGGUACAAAUGAAGAUGAAGAGACACUCUUGAAUAUUUCACGGAUAGGUAUGGGUUCAUGAGACAUGUUUGUUCACGCCGAACAUAAUUAUAUAUAUUUUUUCCUUUUGUUUGUCCUUUUUGAUAAAUAGAAUGUUUUUAUUAUGUUUUUCUUGUUACGUUUGUCCUACUUUGGGAAGAUAUUAAGUGUAGCUUUUUUUCAGAGAUUCAUUAAUAUUUUAAGGAUAUAUGAUUCUUUUUUCUCCUAGAGAUCUAUUUAUUUAAAUUAACAUUUGAGAGGGUGAGGAAGAAAAGAAAGGGUAAGGGUAAAGAUUGAAAACAAUAGACCUGCUAGUGAAUAAUAGCACAUAUGAGAACAAGUGAAAGGAAUGAGACAGAACAGGCAGAGGAUGCCUCACCUUCGUUAAGCUCAGGUGACGAGUCAUGAAUAACCGACAAUAAAAAAGGAGAAAUGUAAGAUUGUUAAGAUUGCAAUAUUUAUUUAUAAAUGUGUUACUGUUUCAAAGUACACUGUAUGUUGUAGAUAAAUAAACAUGCUUCAAAGUGCUUGUGAAUAAGAUUGCAGAUCACUAGCCAACAACAUGGUGAUAUUUUGUACAUUUUACAGUGCAAAUAUGGUACACACUACUAUCUACCACCACAAUGUGAAAGUGAUCUUAUUGGUUCUUUUUCUAAAAAUGUUCCUGUCUUUGUUUAAAGUAUUGAAUGAGUUCUUGUCUUUGUACAGGGUAGGAAUCAGUUUAUCUCCAUAAUGAGGUAUGAAAAAUGGAGGUAAUCCAUCAUGCACCACACUCAGAAUUGUUUGAGGGGUCCAAGAGAUCCAUGUCACAAAGAAAACCAAACCAAAUGUUAGGAUGUUGGGCUAGUCCAAAAGAAAACAAAGGCAGAAUCUGAAUUACUACAUAUAUCAAUAUCUCUGUUUUCAAUUAUUUGUUUGAUGAGAUCCAUAAUAAAAUGCACAUGAAUUGAUGGCCAAAUCAUCAGGUCUGAAGCAGAAUGGAUAUGGGAUUGAAAGAACAGAGAGCUUGGAUAGAAACAGGUGAAGAAACCUGGACUGACUCCAAAUGGGGGAACUAAAUGGGCUGCACAGCCUCCACCAAAGCAAUAGAUAUUCUGACUGAUGAUGGUGGCUACGUAUGUUCUGGACUUGCACACAUUACUGUAUCUCUCCUACUCUAAUGUAGCUACAAGACUGCUGUCACCGAAAGGAUCAGUCGAGCAGGUACAAGUCCGAUAGUCGCUCAAGGUAGAAGUGUAGCAAUGCUCUCAGAUGAAAAACCUUUUGACUCUUAACAUGCUAGAACUGUGAGUUUAAUCAUACUUUACAGCCUGUGACACCCAUUCUACCUGUUGUAUCGUUUUAAAUCUGUAAGGAUGUCAUCUGAAAAAAAAAAAUACAAGGCUAUUUUUGAAAGAU